GUCAAACCUUAAAAAUAUUUUCCAGAAUCCAGAUUCCAAUGGGAUUUUAGGGAAUUCUAUUUUCACUUUUUCGCUUUUCCGAUUCCGAUCCAAAACAGUUGAAAAUAGCACGUUGUAAUGUUAAGUACGCAUUAUUAAUUGGCGAUAAAAAUGAGUGAACAACGUGAAAGGUUCAAAUACAAAAUUUACUACACAGCUUUAAAUGGAAUGUCCAUGACUAUGUAUACUGUGUUGUCCAGUCUGGAACAAGAGGAAGCGAAUUCUUUAUUAAAUGAGAAUCUUCUUGAUGAAGAAGGUCAAGAAUGCAGCCCCUUGGUCAUAGCAUCAAGAUAUGGUCAUGAGAAGGUUGUAAGAGUUUUAUUAACCAAGUUCAAACCAGACAUUGAACAUGAAAGCACUGUAAAGUUUGAUGGUUAUGUCAUUGAAGGAGCCACCUCUUUAUGGUGUGCAGCAUGUGCAGGUCACCUUAAUGUAGUAAAAACACUAGUAAAAGCAGGAGCAGAUGUUAACCAUGCAACAGCAACAAAUUCUACCCCAUUAAGAGCAGCCUGUUUUGAUGGCAGGUUAGACAUUGUAAAAUAUCUAACAAGACAUAAUGCUGACAUCCAUCUAGCCAAUAAAUAUAACAACUCUUGUUUAAUGAUAGCUGCUUACAAGGGACAUGUGGAUGUGGUGAACUACCUUCUUGAAUGUGGCGCAAACCCAAAUGAAAGAGCCCUAUGUGGGGCAUCAGCGCUUCAUUUCGCUGCUGAAAGUGGACAUGUGGAGGUGGUCAAAGAACUUUUAUCAUAUGAUGCAAAAUUCUUUUCAAAUGACACUGGGAUGACACCAAUUAGGUCAGCUGCGGAGAGAACAAGAGAAGAUGUUGUCAAGUUCUUAAUAAAACAGCCUGGAAUUAGCAAAGAGGAGAGGAUAGAAGCACUUGAACUGCUCGGUGCUUCUUAUGCUAAUGAUAAGGAGAAUUAUAACAUUGAAAAGGCUUUUAUGUAUUUGAAACAGUCAAUGGAAUUGAGGUUUAGUGAUCCUGAGAAUCCUAUAAAAAAACCAAUUGUGCCUCCAAUAGCUGCCUAUGAACACUGGGUGGAAUGUCAGAAUAUGGCCGAGCUACAAGCCAUUCGACAAAAUAACAAUAGUUUACACAUGGAAUCUCUGACUAUUAGAGAAAGGAUUUUGGGGGUGCAUAAUCCCGAGUUGCUACAUCCUAUAAUAUAUCGGGGAGCAGUUUUUGCAGAUAAUGCGAGAUUUGACAGAUGCCUCGAACUCUGGUUACACGCUCUAAAAUUACGGCAAAAAAACGACAUAUCGGCCGUAAAAGACCUACUGCGCUUCGCCCAAGUGUUCUCCCAAAUGCUCCACGUAGGGGUCGAAGUGACGUACGAACAAGUAAUCGAGGUACUGUCGGCGGCUAUCAUCGAACUGGAGCGCAACAAGGAAAAACUGUCGCAUCCCGAACCGAAAGACCAGCCUGAAACCGUCAUGGUAAUUUGCUGUUUUAAGUACAAAAUAUUGGAUGAAAUCGAAAGCAACCUCACCACCACCUUGUAUCUCUUGACGAUCCUGACGAAGCUGAUGAAAAAAUGUAACGAAGAAGAGAAAUUCAACGUACAAAGGAUGGUAUUCGCUUUGAAUCAGCUUCAGUUAACCCUCAGGAAUGGGCAGACGUUGUUACAUUUGGCUUGUAAUGUGGAGACGCCCGUAGAUGAUUUCCAUACUAAUAACGUUUGCAAGUUUCCUUGCGCUGAAACCACAAGACUCUUAAUAAGAUGCGGCGCCAACGUAAACGCAAUGGACAACGAUAGAAAUACCCCUCUUCACGUGAUUGUAAAAUACAAUAAAGCAAUCUUAGACUUCUUAACGUUGCACUCAAUCAUUAUGGAUCUUAUCGAAAAUGGAGCGCACACCGAUAUUGUUAAUAAUAAAGGUGAAACUCCUAUGGAUUCGUCUACUACAGGAGUUGCCGAAAUAAUUCUUAAAACGCAAAUACAACUCAGCCUAAAGUGUUUGGCAGCUAACGCUAUCAAAAUUAACAACAUCCCUUAUGAAGGGCAGAUACCUUCCGGAUUAGAAGAAUUCAUCGAGCUACACGGCAAAGGUAUUGUGAGAUGGGAAAGAUAUAAGAGCAUCGAUCUUUCAUAGCAAAAAAUUGAAAAAGAGUUAUAGUACGAAUAUUAUUUCUAAAAGAAUUUUCUAUAUUGUGGGUAUAAAAAUGUUAAUUUAAUUAAGCUGAAUAACUUUUUUUUGGAAUAACCUCCUUUGGCUUGCAUAGCUUUAAUAUCGAAUCGGUGAUAAAUUAAUUAAGUUCUUUCUAUUUUGUGAGACUGUAUUUUGUAAGUUUAAGUGUAUAUUAUGGUGUAUAAAAUGUAAAUAAAAAUUCAGAAAUUCUAUAUUAUGAUCAUGACAAUAUAAAUUUAAAGGCU